GUAUGGUAGUGUGAUGGCCCUCCAAUUUGAAGCAGCUUCAGAAGCAAUCUAUAUUGAACUGGUCGACCAUGUGGAGGCUAAAGGUCUCAGAGGGAGGAGGGGCAUGGCUGCAGACGGUGAGCAACUUUCAUGGGCGGCAGGUGUGGGAGUUCGACCCCGACGCCGGCACGGACCAGGAGCGCGCCAAGGUGGAGCAGCUUCGCCGGGAGUUCUGGGAGAACCGCUUCCGAAGGAGGGAAUCGCAGGACCUCCUCAUGCGCAUCCAGUUCACGGGACUAUAUCAUCUGCGGGCGGAUAUGCCCGCGGCCGCGAAACUGGAAGACGGUGACGAGGUAACGGAAGAAAUUCUGAAGGAGUCGCUCACACGAGCGCUCGGUUGGAUGUCAGACCUCCAAGCUGAAGAUGGCCACUGGCCAGGUGAUUUAAGUGGGAUCAUGUACCUGCUGCCUUUCUGGAUUUUCGCGCUGCACAUCACAGGAUCAAUCGAUGAUGUACUAUCCAAAGAGCACAUUCGUGAGAUAUGCCGCCAUAUCUACAACCAUCAGAACGAGGACGGCGGCUGGGGCUUCAACGUUUUGGACGAGAGUGCCAUGUUUGGCACAUGCUUAAACUACGUCACAUUGAGGCUGCUCGGACAAGUGCAAAAGGAUGAGAAUGAUGGACUAGCAAAAGGUCGCGCAUGGAUCUUGUCCCAUGGCACUGCAACUGCAGCGCCACAAUGGGCAAAGAUAUUACUCUCGGUCCUUGGUGUAUAUGAUUGGUCCGGAAAUCGCCCAGUGAUCCCUGAACUUUGGUUGGUCCCACGGUUUCUCCCAAUUCAUCCAGGACGAUUCUGGUGCUUCACAAGGGUUACCUACAUGUCAAUAGCUUUCCUAUAUGCUAAGAGAGUUGUUGGUCCAGUUACACCGAUCAUCUUAGCAUUGAGGAACGAACUCUACAGUUCCCCUUAUGGUGAGAUUGAUUGGGAUGAGGCUCGUAGUUCUUGUGCCAAGGAGGACAUGCGCUACCGUCCCUCAGCAGUGUACAAAGCUAUUUCAAAUUGUUUGCACACGUUUGUGGAGCCAGUCUUGAACAGUUGGCCGAUGAACAAGCUAAGAGAGAGAGCUUUGAGUCACAUAUUGCAACAUAUCCAUUACGAAGAUGAAACUACUCAAUACGUUGGCUUAUGUCCUGUUACAAAGGCAUUGAACAUGAUUUGUUGUUGGGUGGAAAAUCCAAAUUCAGAUGUACUCAAGCGGCAUCUUCCAAGGAUACAUGAUUAUUUGUGGAUUGCUGAAGAUGGCAUGAAGACCAAAAUAUAUGAUGGGACCCAGAACUGGGAUAUAGCACUUAUAGUUCAGGCCUUCUUAUCAACAGAGCUUAUAGAUGAAUGUGGGCCAACAAUUGAUAAGGCCCUCAGAUAUAUUAAGAAAGCACAAGUGACUCAAAAUCCUCCUGGCAACCCAAAGUAUUGGUUUCGGCAUAGAUCAAAAGGUUCGUGGACACUUUCAACUGUAGAUAACAGCUGGGCUUCAACUGACGUUUCUGCUGAAGUAAUUAAGGCUGUAUUGUUGCUAUCCAAGCUGUCCCCUAACCUUGUUGGGAACGUAACAGAAGAAUGGAUAUAUGAUGCUAUUGAUUGCCUUCUUACCUUCAAGAAUAAAGACGGUUCAUUCUCUACACUUGAGUGCCAAAGAACUUAUUCCUGGCUAGAGAUUUUGAAUCCAUUGGAGAGUUUCCGGAAUCUUAUCGUCGAUCACCCGACAGUUGAAUGUACUUCGUCAAUAGUGCAGGCUCUGGUAAUGUUUGGGGAGAGUUAUCCAAGAUACCGCAGUGAACAGAUAAGAGAAUGUGUCAACAAAGCUGCUAUAUAUAUUGAGAAUAAUCAAAAGAAUGACGGAUCCUGGUUUGCAAAAAGAUAUCAUCUCUUUUCUGUACAAAAUGUUGUCUUCAUACAAAAUGUUGUCUUUUAUUCUGCAACUAAUAAUUACAUCGAUUCUAGGUAUGGCACAUGGGGCAUAUGUUUCAUCUAUGGGACACUCUUUGCAAUAAAAGGCUUAGUGGCUGCUGGAAGAACUUAUGAGAACAGUGUUUGCAUCAGGAAAGCAUGCAACUUUCUGCUGUCAACACAGCUGAAAACAGGGGGCUGGGGGGAAAGCUAUCUUUCUUGUGAACGCGACGUCUAUGUAGAGGGUAAUCAUACCAAUGCUGUGAGCACCGCUUGGGCAAUGCUAGGAUUGAUUUCUGCUCGGCAGAUGGAACGUGAUCAAACACCAUUACAUCGUGCCGCGAAGGUAUUAAUUAAUAUGCAGUUGGAGACUGGUGAUUAUCCUCAACAAGAACAUAUGGGAAACACCAAUUCUUCUGUCUACUUCAACUAUCCAAACUACCGCAAUUUGAACGGUUAAGUCCCUAGUAACGAUGCCAGAAAUACCAAGGGGGUAUGUCUUAACGAUUACAGAAAGUGAUGAGGACAUGACAUCUUCAGACAUGAUCAUUGAUUAUAAGGUGAGCUCGUUCCGAUAUGUGCAUGGUAAUUUAUGAUAUACUUCACUUGGUUCCACAUGUACAUGUCAUUAUUUGAUUGUAGGUACAAAUGCAUCUCAAAGUGCAAGUCCAUCGAAAUUGAACAUUUGGUUCGCCAGCAGCCCGAUAGUACUUCAUUGGGAAGGGGAUAACUCUUUCAUCCGGAGAAGGCCUCCAAAUCAUCAAGAUAUGUUGUUGUUGUUUCUAGUGGGUGCUACGACAUCGUCGCGGGCAUGUUAUUCACACUUGGGACCCUGGCCCAAGUUGGAGAACGCCCCAAAGAUGUGGAGAGGAGUUUGAAGAUGCCCAAGAACGUCCUCCUCCAUGGCCACCACAUUAGCAGUCCUGCAAGGCGGUCCAACUCAAGUUGGAGGCCCAAACCAAAGUCGACUUCGAGUCCGUUUCGGAGUCUAGGAGCAGUCUGCACUAAAAUGGGCGCCACAGUCGCAUACGGGCUCGGAUUUGGGUGCACUUUAUAUUGUCGGAAAGAUAAUUCUAAGAAGCUUCCAAUAGUCCACCGCCAUAUUUGUUUCCUACCUAAAACCAUCCGCACCAUAGCCUUUGCAUAAUUCAGUUUUAGAGUUCGUAGUGUUGAGUUUUUGUCCUAGGUCAAGGUCUUGUUGCUGGUUUAGAUUGUAUUUCAGACUAAUUUGUGUGAUCGCCUUUAUUUUUCAUCAACCCUUGCCAUCACCAUCCAUUAGAUCCA